AUGUCAAUUGCUGAACAUUCACCCAGAGGUUAUCGUAUUGGUCUAUUACCUCAACCACAAAAUAAUGAAAAUAUUAUCUAUAAAAUUUUAUAUGGUAAUGAACACAAAAUGUUUGAUAUUGAUAAUAAAACAAAGAGUUUACAAUUUGUUAAUGGAAAAUUGGAUCGAAAAAAUCGUGAACAAUAUGAACUGAUAAUUUACGCAAAAAAUGUCGAUCAUCCAAAUUGGACUUGGGAUAAUGAACUUUUCAAAGUGAUUAUUAUGGUAACUGAUAUUGAUGAUCAAGAAUCAUUGUUGAAUAUGGGAGAAUAUGUAACUGUUAUAACACGAGAUACUCGACUUAAUGAACCAUUUCUCGCAUUACACCUGAUGGACAAUGAUAGUAAUAAAGAACAUGGACAAGUUGAAUACAUUAUUGAGUCUAUUGAACGCAUGCAAUCAUCAGAAUUAUCAUCAGCUUCAAUUGAUGUAUCUAAUUGUUUUGAUAUAACAAAUGAUGGUCGAUUAAUUAUUACUAAAAAUCUUAAAGAAUUCCCACAUAGAACAAUAUUUUUAUUAAAUAUUCUUGCUCUAUCUCAUCUUGAAACACAAACACCAAUUCGUACAACAGUCAUUGUUUAUCUAGCUGAAACAAAUGAUCGAAUCAAUGUUAAUAUUCGUUGGCCACAAUCACGAUUAGAAAAUGAUUUACAACAACAUCAACAACAACAAUCAUCUGCAGGAAAUUUUUGGACAAAUUUAGAAAAUAUAACAAAUACUAUGAUUCUUGUUAAUAAAUUGACACCUUAUAAUAAUCAUGAUAGUGGACGAAUAGAUCAAGAUCAAACAAAAGCAAAUAUUUAUAUGAUUAAUCGUCGAACAAAUAUGUUAUUAGAUAAUUUACAGGCAUACGAUUUAUUAAUGAAUACGAAAAAUGAUUUACUCCAUUUUCAUCCAAAAAAAACAGAAAAAGAAAUUCAACAUCUAUUGAAACAAUCUAGGAUAUCAACAAUGCAUUGGGCUUAUUGGAUUUUAAUUAUUCUAUCAAUAUUAAUUGGUUUAUGUUUUACUUUAUUUUUACUUUGGCAUUGUUGUCGUCGACCUGAUACACGUUGUAAAUAUAUGUCACCGAAACCAAAUCUAUUUCGAUUUUUAAAAAUGAAAAAAAAUGUACAUCCAUUAUUUGAUGAUAGUCUUAAAAUGCCUAUGCCACAAUCACCACCAUUCCCUAUUACAAAUCGAGCAAAAGAUCAACUACGAACGAUACCAUUAAUCACGGCCACUACAGCAUCACCUGUUGAACGCGAAGACAAUGAACCAUUACUUAGUACAUUUACUGCUGCAGCCACUGCCCUUCUAGCAGAGAAUAGAUUAAGCGCUGAACAAAGUGUUCCAAGAGCAACUGAAACACAAGCCGCAUCAAUAUCGUUGACGGAUGAGUACCACACAGAUGAGGAAAAAGAAAAUGAAACAAAAGACGAUAUUUUAUUUAUACACGAUAAUUGA